AUGAUUAUUUCAAAGAAAAGUAAAAGUGACGAUCGCCUCUACAGGUAUCUCAGACUUCAAAAUAAUCUAAGAUGCCUUGUUGUGUAAGACAAAGAUGUGGAAAAAAGUUCAGCUUGUUUGCAUGUUGGAGUGGGAAGUCUUUAUGACCCACCCUAGGCAAAUGGGUUAGCUCAUUUCCUAGAGCACAUGCUCUUCCUAGGUACUAAAAAAUAUCCUAGUGAAAACUAUUAUUCUCAACAUAUUCAGUAGAAUGGAGGACAGAAGAAUGCAGCAACAUCAGAGAAUUACACUUAUUACUAUUUCGAUGUAAAGAAUGAAGCGUUCCCUAAAGCAGUUGAUAUAUUCUCCCAAUUUUUCAAAGAGCCACUUUUCACGGAGACUGCUACAGAGAGAGAAAUGAAUGCAGUAGAUAGUGAAUACAAGAAAAACUUAAGUGAUGAUGGAAGGAGAAUCUUUUAAAUGGAGAAGAGUGUGAUUGUUAGACCUGGAUCUGUACUGAAUAAAUUUUCUACUGGGGGUAUGGAAACAUUGAAGCAUGAAGGAAUCAGAGAUGAGUUACUUAAAUUUCAUGAAGACUACUACUCAAGUAACAUCAUGAGACUGGUUCUUGUCGGUAGAGACUCUCUAGAGAAUCUAGAAAAACUUGCUGUUGAAAAUUUCAGUGAUGUAGUUAACAAAGAAGUAGUGUUGAAAGAUUUAAGCAAUGAAAUCGUUUAUGAUGAGAAUUCAUUAGGAAAAUUAUACAAAGUAGUACCCCAUAAAAAUCUAAAAAAGAUUCUUAUUCACUGGAAUCUUCCAUAUUCGGAGCACCUAUGGAAUCAAAAGCCUAGCAGCAUUAUAUCUCAUUUGAUUGGGCAUGAAGGGCCUAAUUCUUUGCUUAGUUAACUUAUCAAGGAGGGUCUAGCAACAUCAUUAUAAUCAUCUAAUUCUAGUAGAAUGGAUUGCAUCGAUUAAUUUUCUGUUUCGGUCGGUCUUACCGAUAAAGGAGAAGAAAACUAUUAGAGAGUUGUUGAGCUAGUCUAUCAAUACAUUAAUUAGCUGAAAUAAUCUGGAAUUCCUAAAUAUGUAUUUGAUGAGAAAAAAAGAAUGUAUGAGCUAAGCUUUGAAUAUAAGACUAAGCAAUCAGCAAUUUCAUAUGCUUAAACCCUAGCGGCAAGAAUGUUGAAAUUUAUAGAAGAUGAAGAAUUUAAUGAUCUUUUAUGGAGACCUCAUGCAUUAGAGGUAUUUGAUCCCGAGGAACUAUAAAGAAGAAUGAAUCUUCUUACUCCUUAAAAUAGCUUUGUAAUCUUUUAAAGCAAAAAAAAUGAGAAGGAAGACUCUGUUUUACUUAAGGAAAAAUGGUAUGGAACACCAUAUAGUAUUGAAAAAAUACCAGACGAUACAAUUUCAUACCUAGCUAAAGUUUUACCAAGUUUAGAGGUAAAUCUAGGUCUGCCACCAAGAAAUGAGUUCAUUCCAUAGCAACUUAAUGAAAUAAAAAUACUAAGAGAUCUAGAGAAUACAAAACCAGCAUUCCCAAUGAAAAUAAGUGAGAAUCCAUAAGUAUGGUUCAAGCAAGAUGAUACAUUUGAUCAGCCAUUCUUGCAAGUUAAUAUGAAAUUAUAGACAUACGAUUGCGCUUAUCCUGUUACGGCUUUAUCUUAAAUGUUCAUAGUCUUAUGGAAAGCUUGCUUGCUUGAAUUUAAUAGAGAGCUAAGUUAUAUGGGUAGUCUUGCAGGUAUUGGAGAAUCAAAUGGCCUCUCAAUGGAAUACUUAAGCUGGACAAUAUUUUCCUAUAAUGAUGUAGUUGUGACUAAAUACAUAGCAGAAACUUUAAAAAGUCUUCAAAAUUAUGAUGUAACAAAAGAAAUUUUUGAAGACAUAAAAAAUUUAAAGAUUAGAUCCUAUGAAAACUCACUAAAAUCAGAGCCCUAUUAGAGAAUAGAUAGCAAACUUUAUACUCUAAUUAUGAAGAAUAAUUUGGAUAUUCCAGAACUGCUAAAGGCUUUGAAAGAGGAACUUGACUUCGAAACUUUCGUUAACAUGAAAAAUCAGUGGUUAAGAAAUCUAAGAAUAGAAUGGUUUGUUACAGGUCACAUUACGCAAAAGGAUGCUAUGCAAAUAGUACAUGAUAGUGAAGCCGCUAUUAAGCAUAGGAAAAUCACUUAAGAAGAAAUUUAGGAAUAGAGAUUAAUAAAAUUACCAUAUAAUUAUCUAGCAGAAUACGAAGAAUUGAAUGCAGAUACUGAAAACCCAAAUUCUGCAGCACUUGCAAUUUAUCAAUAUGAAUUAAAGACACCAUUGAAAUAAGCAAUUAACUCAGUGCUUUUUCAAUUGCUUAAAGAGCCCUUCUUCAAUCAGCUUAGAACUUAAUAGUAAUUAGGCUAUAUUGUUCAAUGUGCGCCUAUGAUUACGAGAAAAGUAAUUCAUGGAAAGUUCUUAGUAUAGUCAAGUGUUAAAGAUCCAGAUUAUCUUAUACUUAAAAUGAAUGAAUUCUUGCUAAACAUCAGAGACAAUGUGAUUCCAACUCUUACAGAUGAGUAAAUCGAGACUAGUAAGAAGGCAAUUAUCAAUAGUCUAUAGCAAAAAGAUCUGAAUUUGGGUUAAGAAGCAGGAAGAUAUUGGGAUGAGAUCCUAACUGGAGACUAUGAAUUUAGUAGUAGAGAAAUUAAAAUAGAGGCUCUGAGAUAAGUUCAGAAGUAAGAUGUCAUUGAAUACUUCAAUGAGUUGUUCUUUAACAACCCAAAAAGGCUUAAUCUGAAAUUCUAUUCUCACGGUCAUUUCGAUAAUAAGGAUGAACUGAACGCUAAUAUUUAAGCUAAUUAGAAAUUCUAUCAAGAUAACUGCAAAAUAUUCAAACAAGAAAAGAUAGAAAACUACAGAUAAUUCAAGCUUAGUCAUUUCUAGUUCCCCAGACUAUGA